CUGCUUAGUGCUAGUGUUACUGUCACUCACAGCGGAUGAACUUCCAUAAAAAUCUUCUGUAAAAUAUUUAGGACUUUUCUCUAAAUCAUAAAAGUUUUACUUUUUUUCUUCUUGACAGCUAAAGAUAUUUCAGAGGAGUUAAAUUUUCACUUCUCUAAUUGAACGUAUUUCUAGGAUUAAAAGCCAUGCAAAUAGCACUCUUCACUUGCUUCUUUCUGAGCCUUUUCAAUUUCUGCUCUAGUGCCACCAGAAGAUACUACCUGGGUGCAGUGGAACUGUUCUGGAACUAUCUGCAGAGUGACCUGCUCAGUGUGCUGCAUACGGACUCAAGAUUUCUUCCUAGAAUACCAGCAUCUUUCCCAUUCAACACCUCCAUCAAGUACAAAAAGACUGUGUUUGUAGAGUACACGGACCACCUUUUCAACAUUGCCAAGCCCAGGCCACCCUGGAUGGGUCUGCUGGGUCCUACCAUCUGGACUGAGGUUCAUGACACUGUGGUCAUUACACUUAAAAAUAUGGCUUCUCAUCCUGUCAGUCUUCAUGCUGUUGGUGUUUCGUACUGGAAAGCUUCUGAGGGAGAUGAAUAUGAAGAUAAGACAAGCCAAACAGAGAAGGAAGAUGAUAAAGUUUUCCCUGGUGAAAGUCAUACCUAUGUUUGGCAGGUCCUGAAAGAGAAUGGUCCAAUGGCCUCUGACCCUCCAUGCCUCACCUAUUCAUAUCUGUCUCAUGUGGAUCUGGUGAAAGAUUUGAAUUCAGGCCUCAUUGGAGCCCUGUUAGUAUGUAAAGAAGGCAGUCUGUCCAAAGAAAGAACACAGAAGUUGUAUCAGUUUGUACUACUUUUUGCUGUAUUUGAUGAAGGGAAGAGCUGGCACUCAGAAACAAAGGACUCCUUCACAGCGUCUGUGGAUUCCCCAGCUGCUGGAGCCUGGCCUAAAAUGCACACAGUCAAUGGCUAUGUGAACAGGUCUCUGCCAGGUCUCAUUGGAUGCCAUAGGAAAUCAGUCUACUGGCACGUGAUUGGAAUGGGUGCCACCCCUGAAGUCCACUCAAUAUUCCUUGAAGGUCACACGUUUCUUGUGAGGAACCACCGUCAGGCUUCCUUAGAGAUAUCACCAAUAACUUUCCUUACUGCUCAAACAUUCUUGAUAGAUCUUGGACAGUUCCUGCUAUUUUGUCAUAUAUCUUCACAUAAACAUGAUGGCAUGGAAGCUUAUGUCAAAGUAGAUAGCUGCCCUGAGGAGCCCCAAUGGCAAAAGAAAAAUAAUGAGGAAGUGGAAGAUUAUGAUGAUGAUUUUGAUUCAGAAAUGGACGUGUUCACAUUGGAUUAUGACAGCUCUCCUUUUAUCCAAAUUCGCUCGGUUGCCAAGAAGUACCCUAAAACUUGGAUACAUUAUAUUUCUGCUGAGGAGGAGGACUGGGACUAUGCUCCAUCAGCUCUCACCUCGGAUGAUGGAAGUUAUAAAAGCCAGUAUCUGCGCAAUGGCCCUCAUCGGAUUGGUAGAAAAUAUAAAAAAGUCAGAUUUAUAGCAUAUACAGAUGAAACCUUUAGGACUCGUGAAACUGUCCAGAAUGAGUCAGGAAUCUUGGGACCUUUACUUUAUGGAGAAGUUGGAGAUACACUGUUGAUAAUAUUUAAGAAUCAAGCAAGCCGACCAUAUAACAUUUACCCUCAUGGAAUCACUGAUGUCAGCCCUCUGUAUUCAAAGAGAUUGCCAAGAGGUGCAAAGCAUGUGAAAGAUUUGCCAAUUCAUCCAGGAGAGAUAUUCAAGUAUAAGUGGACAGUUGCUAUAGAAGAUGGACCAACUAAAUCAGAUCCACGGUGCCUGACCCGCUAUUAUUCAAGUUUCAUUAACCCCGAGAGGGAUCUAGCCUCAGGACUCAUUGGCCCUCUUCUCAUCUGCUACAAAGAAUCUGUAGAUCAGCGGGGAAACCAGAUGAUGUCAGACAAGAGAAAUGUCAUCUUGUUUUCUCUAUUUGAUGAGAAUCAAAGCUGGUACAUCACAGAGAACAUGCAACGCUUCCUCCCCAAUGCAGCUGAUACACAGCUCCAGGACCCUGGGUUCCAGGCCUCCAACAUCAUGCACAGUAUCAAUGGUUAUGUUUUUGGUAGCUUGCAGUUGACGGUUUGUUUGCAUGAGGUGGCUUACUGGUACAUUCUCAGUGUUGGGGCACAGACGGACUUCCUAUCUAUCUUCUUCUCUGGGUAUACCUUCAAGCACAGAAUGGUUUAUGAAGAUACGCUUACCCUGUUCCCGUUCUCAGGAGAAACUGUCUUUAUGUCAAUGGAAAACCCAGGUCUAUGGGUGCUGGGGUGUCAUAAUUCAGACUUUCGGAACAGAGGUAUGACAGCCUUGCUGAAAGUUUCUAGUUGUGACAAGAACACUAGUGAUUAUUAUGAAGAAAUAUAUGAAGAUAUUUCAACACAGUUGGUGAAUGACAAUAUCAUUCAACCCAGAAGCUUCUUCCAGAAUUUAAAUCAUCCUAACACUAGGGAAAAGAAAUCUAAAGCCACCACAGUUCCAGCAAAUGAUAUAGAGAAGAUUGAGCCUCAGUUUGGAGAGAUUGCAGAGAUGCUUAAAGUACAAACUGUCUACUCUAGUGACUUGUUGAUGCUCUUGGGACAGAGUCAUCCUACUCCACAUGGCUCAUCCUUAUCAGAUGGCCAAGAAGCCAUCUAUGAGGCAAUUGAUGAUGAUCAUUCACCUGAUGCAAUAGACAGCAAUGAAGACCCAUCUAGAGUGGCCCAACUCAGGCAAGAACCCUAUUACAGUGGCAAAAUAGUAUCUACUCCCGAGCUAGCUCUCCAGUUAAGAUCAAAUAAGAAUUUGGAGACAACUAUAGAAGUAAAGUGGAAGAAACUUGAUUUGCAAGUUUCUAAUUUGAUAAAUAAUCUAAUGACCACAACAAUUCUGUCAGACAAUUUGACAGAAAUUUCUGAAAAGAUGGGUUCUUCAGUAUCUCCAAGUAUUCCUGUUCACAUUAAUAGUAAAUUAAGCACCACUGCAUGUGGUAAAAGAACAUGUUCUCUUAUUGGGUCUCAUGUACCUCUGAGCAUUAGUAAAGGAAAUAGUGAUUCUGACUUGUUGGAUGUGGCUUUUAUGAAUAGUCAAGGAAUUUCACCAGGAGACAAUGUAUCAUCAGUGGAGAAUGACAGAUUUCUCAAAGAGAACAGGUUUCAUAGAAUUGCUUUCUUGGCCAAAGACAGUAAUUUAUUAAAAGAUAAUAUCUCUUUGAUGAAAACAAAUACACAUAAUCAUUCAACAACUAAUGGAAAAGCUCACAUUGACAUCCCAACAUCAAUUGAGAAUAGUACAGCAGUCUUGCAAGAUACUGUAUUAAAAAGCAAUAGUGAAAUUCAAGAAGUAGCAUCUUUGAUUCAUGAUAGAACAUUUUUAGGCAAAAAUACUACAUAUUUGAGACUGAGCCACACACUAAAUAGAACUACCUCAACAAAAAAUAAAGAAAUAUUUCAUCAAAAAGAUGAUCCUGUUCCACAAGAUACAGAAAAUACAAUCAUGCCAUUUUUCAAGAUGCUAUUUUUGCCAGAACCAACAAAUUGGAUAAAAAAGACCAAUGAAAAUAACUCCUUGAGCUCAGAGCAAUGGCCUAAUCCAAAGCAAUUACUAAAAAAUCAGAAUUUCUUGUCAGAGAAGAAUAAAGUGAUAGUAGAACAAGAUGGAUUUAGAAAUGACACAAGGCUCAAAGACAUGUUUUUUCCAAGCAACAUGAGCAUAUUUCUUACCACUUCGGCUAAUAUACAAGAAAAUGAUAUGCACAAUCAAGAAAAAAAUAUGCAGAAAGAGAUAGAGAAAGAAGCAUCAAUUGAAGAGAAAAUCGUUUUGCCUUGGGUGCACACAGAAACUGGCUCUAAGAAUUUUCUGAAAGGCAUUUUCUUACUAGGUACUAGGCAAAACAUAAGUUUAGAUGAAGAAACAUAUACACAAAUACUUCAAGACAUCAAGUCAACAAACAAUUCAACAAAUACAGUAAAGAGUCACAUGGCCCGUGUCUUUAAAAUAAGUGAGGAUGAGGAAACAAAUUCAGAAGGCUUGGUAAAGAAAAUCAGAGAAAUGGUAAAGAACUAUCCAAGCCAGAAGAAUAGUACUACUCAACGUAGUAAACGGGCUUUGGGACAAUUCAGACUGCCACUAGAAGAAUCAGAGCUUGAAAAGCGACAAAUUGUAAAUGAUGCCUCAACUCAAUGGCCUCAAACCAUAAACUAUUUAACACAGAGUAUCAUUAAACAGAUAGACCACAGCAAGAAAAGGAAAAAGUCCAACAUUCAAUCUCCCUUAUUAGAUUCUUCUGUGAUUAAAAGCACUGCUCAAACAAAUAGUUCUGGAUCAUACAUUUUAAAAGCAUCAGCGUUGCCACCAACAAAUCUCAAGAGGAUCCCAUUCCAAGACAAUUUUUUUCAUGUACUAACAUCAUCCUACACUUACGACUUUAAGACAAAAAGUUCUAGAAUUCAAGAAAGCAGUCAUUUCUUAAACAAAACCAAAAGACAUAACCUUUCUUUAGCCAUCCUACCAUGGAAGAUGAUCACAGAUCAAGGAAAAUUUGCCUCCCCCAGGACAAAUAACACAAACUCAAUUACAUAUAAGAAACUAGAGAACAUUGUUCUCAUGAAUCCAGUCUUGCCUGAAGAAUCUGGCAAAGUUGAGUUGCUUCCUCAAGUUUCCAUUCAUGAGGAAGAAGUUUUAUCUACAGAAACUAGCCAUGAAUCACCUAGACACCUGAAUCUCAUGAAAGAUGUCUUUCUCCAGAAAAUGCAAGGGCCUAUUAAAUGGAUUAAAUCAAAGAUACAUGGGAAAAGUCUAAAAGGAACAGCAGAGAGCUCUGAAAAGACUCCCUCUAAACUGCUGCAUCAUCUUUCUUGGGAUUACCAUUAUGCUGCACAGAUACCAAAAGAUAAAUGGAAAUCCAAAGAGAAGUCACCAGAAAGUGCAUCCAUUAAGAAAGGGGACACCAUUUUGUCUCUGAACCCUCAUGAAAGCAAUCAUUCAGUAGAGGCAAGUGAGAAACAAAAUUGGCCCCAAGGUCAGACUCAAAACCCACCAGUCUUGAGACGGCGUCAAAGGGAGCUUAGUGCUCUUCAGUCAGAACAAGAAGCAACUGACUAUGAUGAUGCCGUUGCUGUUGAAACAAAUGAGGAUUUUGACAUUUAUGGUGAGGAUAUAAAGCAGGAUCCCCGCAGCUUUCAACAGAAGACAAGGCACUAUUUUAUUGCAGCUGUGGAACGGCUCUGGGACUAUGGGAUGAAUACAUCUCCUCAUGUUCUACGAAAUAGGGAUCAAAUUGGCAAUGCACCUCAGUUCAAGAAAGUAGUUUUUCAGGAAUUUACUGAUGGCUCCUUUAGUCAACCCUUAUACCGUGGAGAACUAGAUGAACAUUUGGGGUUGUUGGGACCAUAUAUAAGAGCAGAAGUUGAAGACAACAUUAUGGUAACAUUCAAAAACCAGGCCUCUCGUCCCUACUCCUUUUAUUCUAGCCUCAUUUCUUAUAAGGAAGAUCAGAGACAAGAAGAACCUAGAAAAAACUUUGUCAAGCCUAAUGAAACCAAAAUUUAUUUUUGGAAAGUACAACAUCAUAUGGCACCCACAGAAGAUGAGUUUGACUGCAAGGCCUGGGCUUAUUUCUCUGAUGUGGAUCUUGAAAGAGAUAUGCACUCAGGAUUGAUUGGACCCCUUCUGAUUUGCCACACGAACACAUUGAGUUCUGUUCAUGGGAGACAAGUGGCAGUACAGGAAUUUGCUCUGUUUUUCACUAUCUUUGAUGAGACCAAGAGCUGGUACUUCACUGAAAAUGUGGAAAGGAACUGCAAGACACCCUGCAAUAUCCAAUUGGAAGACCCCACUUUGAAAGAAAAUUAUCGCUUCCAUGCAAUAAAUGGUUAUGUGAUGGACACCCUACCAGGCUUAGUAAUGGCUCAAGAUCAAAGGACUCGAUGGUAUCUUCUCAGUAUGGGCAGCAAUGAGAACAUCCAAUCUAUUCAUUUCAGUGGACACGUGUUCACUGUACGGAAAAAAGAGGAGUACAAAAUGGCAGUGUACAACCUCUACCCAGGUGUUUUUGAGACAGUGGAAAUGCUACCAUCUAGAGCUGGAAUUUGGCGAGUAGAAUGCCUUAUUGGUGAGCACUUACAGGCUGGGAUGAGCACUCUUUUCCUGGUGUACAGCAAGCAGUGCCAGAUUCCUCUGGGAAUGGUUUCUGGAAGCAUCAGAGAUUUUCAGAUUACAGCUUCAGGACACUAUGGACAAUGGACCCCAAACCUUGCAAGACUUCAUCAUUCUGGAUCAAUCAAUGCCUGGAGUACCAAGGAGCCCUUUUCUUGGAUCAAGGUAGAUCUGUUGACACCAAUGAUUAUUCAUGGCAUCAAGACUCAAGGUGCCCGUCAGAAAUUUUCCAGCCUUUACAUCUCUCAGUUUAUCAUCAUGUAUAGUUUUGAUGGGAAGAAGUGGCUGAGUUAUCGAGGAAAUUCCACUGGGACAUUAAUGGUCUUCUUUGGCAAUGUGGAUUCAUCUGGGAUUAAGCAUAAUAGUUUUAAUCCUCCAAUUAUUGCUCGGUAUAUCCGUUUGCACCCCACUCAUUCUAGUAUCCGCAGUACUCUUCGUAUGGAGUUGAUGGGCUGCGAUUUAAACAGUUGCAGCAUGCCAUUGGGAAUGGAGAGUAAAGUCAUAUCAGAUACACAAAUUACUGCCUCAUCCUACUUCUCCAAUAUGUUUGCCACUUGGUUUCCUUCACAAGCUCGACUUCACCUCCAGGGAAGGACUAAUGCCUGGCGACCUAAGGUGAAUGAUCCGAAAGAAUGGCUGCAAGUGGACUUACAAAAGACAAUGAAAGUCACUGGAAUAAUAACCCAGGGAGUGAAAUCUCUUUUUACCAGCAUGUUUGUGAAAGAGUUCCUUAUUUCCAGCAGUCAAGACGGCCAUCACUGGACUCAAAUUUUAUGCAAUGGCAAAGUAAAGGUUUUUCAAGGGAAUCGGGACUCAUCCACACCUGUGGUGAAUUCCCUAGACCCACCUCUACUCACUCGAUUUCUUCGAAUUCACCCCCAGGUCUGGGAGCACCAAAUUGCCCUGAGGCUUGAGAUUCUGGGAUGUGAGACCCAGCAGCUAUACUGAGGUGGCCUCGGCAUCCGCUGCUUGUUACCCUUUGCCCCCUUCCUCAGCUCAAGGACUGUCUUAGUGUUCUGUUGAUGUGAAGAGACGCCAUGCCCAUGGCAGCUCUUAUAAAGGAAGACAUUUCAGUGGGGCUGACUUACGG